CACAACCAUUUGAACCAUUUGAAUUAUGUUCGUUUUUCUUUACGAACUUCAGCGCUACCGUCGUGAGUUGUUUACUAGAUAUGAACUCUUAGCUCCUUAAUUAAUCUAAAAAUACUGAUCAGUUCUCAAACACUCCCUCAAGAUUUCAUCAUUCUUUUCUGAGGAUAUCAAUAAACUAACUAACAUAAUAUAUGACCAAUUUUUUGGACAAAACUCAGUGGCAGCACUUGGUGGCUGGUGUUACUGGGGGAGUUGUAUCCGUUUUGGUUUUGCAUCCAUUGGAUUUGGCUAAGAUCAGAUUGCAGGUGAAUGAAGGUACAGGUGUUAUCGCAUGCAGACCCAAAACAACGGGAACUAUUCAAACAUUGUAUGAGAUAGUUCAGUGUAGAGGUCUUCGUGGUCUUUACCUUGGUUUCACCCCGAAUGCUAUUGGAGCGGGUAGUUCAUGGGGUUUGUAUUUUUUCUUCUAUGAAAGCUUGAAACGAUUUGCUCAGCGCGGUGAUAAAACCAAAUCUCUCACUACCAAUCAAUAUCUCACAUUUGCUGCUUUGUCAGGUGUGAUUACACUUUCAAUUGUAAAUCCAAUUUGGGUGAUUAAAACUAGAUUAUGUUUACAAUAUGAAAAGGUAACGAAAUCUUUUCCGAAAUCUCAAAUUACAAAUCCAUCAUUAGUAAUACAUUCUCAAUCUACAUGGCAUGCUUUGCAUAAUCUAUGGAUUCAUGAAGGUUUUGCUGGGUUGUAUCGUGGUUAUGUACCCGGUUUAUUCGGCGUUAGUCAUGGUGCUAUCCAGUUUAUGUUUUAUGAACAUUUUAAAAAUUCUUAUAAUACACGUUAUCGAGGAAGGUCAGUUAGUGAGAAACUGUCCGCUGUCGAGUACCUAACAUUUUCAUCUGCUUCUAAACUGAUCGCAGCUGUAAUAACUUAUCCGUAUCAAGUUAUUCGUUCAAGAAUGCAAGACCAGCAUAGGAAAUACGAUGGCGUUACUGAUGUUAUUCGACAAUUGUGGAGAGGUGAAGGUGUUCAUGGAUUUUAUAAAGGACUUGUUCCAUAUGUACUCCGAUGUACUCCUGCUUGUGGAAUUACAUUUCUUGUAUAUGAAUAUAGUUUAAUCAUAUUUGAUUGGAUCAAAUGACAAUAAUUAGCUUUCAAUUAUAUAUAGUUAAUUAUGCUUAAUUUGUUUUACACGUAGAUGUCUUUGACUUACAUUUUGUAGAAUUUAUAUGUAUAUACCAGUGAUCAUAAUUUUUCUGAUUUGUAGAUUGUUGUCAAUUUAAUUCUACCCCAUUUCUACAUUCUCUGUAUUCUUAUAAUGAAUUGCUUAUUAGAGUUGAUUUACAUUUUUCUAAGGAGUUUGGGACUGGGAUAAACCAACUAUUUUAUCUCUAGUCAAUCAUUCUACAAGUGACCCAACUUGUCACAUCACAAAUCAGCACAGGAAGGUGAAAUGCUAAAGCAUUCAACGUUAUAGAGUGGAAUGUGUGCAAGAAAAAGUGAACAGUGAAUGUCUUUACAUACAGCGUAGUUGAUAUGAACCCAGACUUAGAACCGAUGGCAGCCCCAGAAGGACUCCAGGCGAAGUUGCUAUUCGAUUUACUGUGACUUUUUAUAGCUUAUUUAGUGUUAAUUGUUAAUGUAAAAUCAUUCUCAAAAUGUCAGUCAGACAAGAACAACAUAAACUUGAUUUAUUGUCAUCGGUUCAGGUUUCCGCAUGGGCAUCAACAUAAUGAGAUGAAAUUGUUAAGAUUGUAACCACCACAACUACACUUAUUAGCAUGAAAUUUUUUCCAGAUGAUGAUUGACAAGAUCAUAAUAAGGGAUUAUGUAUUCAAAAUAUUCGUUCACAAAAUAAAUUACCAUUUUGUUAGCGGGAAAGCUAAUCUAAAAUGCUAUUUUAUGCAUAUGCCCAUGCAUGACAAAUUCCACGCUUCUGUUUCAUUCAUUAAAUCUCACUACACAAAGUUUACACUGCUGAUAUUAUUCACUAAUCAAGCACACAAUUUAUGCCGAGUCACUUUUUUACAAUCGAGGGCUAGUGAUAAGAAGUGAAAGCUAUAACUUUACAGAAAUAAAGAUUACCAGUUGAAAGUUAAGCAAUCUAUACACUAUUUUAUUAACAGCGCAAUAGUUAAUUUAAAAACUCAUUGACUGAUUAUGACUGUUAACCAACAUUCUUCAUUUAUAUUGUUUGUAGUCUGUUGAGUAUAUUUUAUAUUCCCCAAACAAA